UGCAUCCCGCCUCCUCCUCCGACCUUGCCGCAUCAAUUAUCGCAUCGUCACUCGUUUCUGCAAUUCGACUGUUAUCUGCUCCUGUACGCUGAAUCGAUCUCGAUCAUUGUCUGCCCUUUCCUUGGAUUAUUGUCUGGAACAAUUUUUGAGUGAGAAGUUUCGCUGGACAACGAAAAAUCAUGGGGCAAGCCACGCGAGCUGCAGGAAGACGCAAUGGAGUCGCGGCCUACAAACAAGCCCUCAUGAAUCUGGCCCAGGCCCCGCGCUGGAGAGGACUCAUCAUCGGCACCGUUUCGUUCUUACUUGUGCUGUGGAUAUGGCAAGCGAAUUCAGAUCCCAACGCGCCUGGGUCGAAGCUCUACAGCAAAAUCUCAGGCCGACCACAGCACCAAGACUUUAUGUGGAAGCCUCCAUCCGUGCUCGAGCCAUCUGAGUUUACUUUGGACCUGGAAGCAGGCAAGAGUUCUACAGCACCAAGUGGGCUCAAGAAAGGGAACCCCCAGUUUCACCUUCUAAUUCAUGCGCCAAAGAUUACCACAAAUGUUUGCAGGAGUUUGCUGUCUAGCUUUCUUCUGGACUACCCAACUCCAACAUUGAUAGGAUACAGACCAUCACCACCAAAUGAGACUCAUGAGGGAGACUUUUGGCAGGACUACGGCCUCGCAGAUACAGCCAAAUACCUCACCCAACAAGGCCGGAUCUCCGACGAUGACUUUAUCGCUGUUGUUGAUGGAGAAAGCACAAUCUUCCAACUGCCUUCGGAGGCCCUUUUGACAGAGUACAAUGCACAGGUCAAGAAGGCCAAUGCUGAGCUGGACAGCAAAUAUCAUGACAUCCCCGUGAAGACAUCGAACAAGCAAAAACUUCAGCGCUUCAACCAAUCAGUAUUUUUUGCAGCGGAAUACGAAAUGGUAUCUCAAUCCCGCAGCUUCCUCAGCAGAUUCAGACUGCCCGAGAAGAAGCAAGCAACUCACCUGAACAACAAUCUCGCGAUCGGAUCCGGUUCUGGUCUCCGUCAUCUCUUUACGACAGCAGCAGAACAAAACACUCGUAUCGAGCGUACGGAUCGUGAAACCUUCAACACCAUUUUCGCACAACAAGCACUUCUACGUGCGUCCAUGGCCAAAGAGCAGCGCGAGUUCAAAGCAUGGUUAUCACGUAACGUGCUGCCGUCCAACAACAAACUCAAGAUCAAGUUAGCCGAGGACCUUGUAGAAGCCAGGCAGGAUCUUGGCAUGGGUCUGGACUACAGGGCAACCAUGUUCCAAACGAUCCCCGCGGCAGCUCAGCACGUCGCCGACACAGUCGUCGCACUGAUCGACUACCCUACUUUCCCCAUCCCCGAGAUCUUUCAGAAACUGCGCAGUCCAUUCACCCUGCACUCCUCUACACCACACCUCAACUCCACUAGCGCAGUUCUCGUUCAGAAACACAACAACACACUUCCCUACACUUCUCACUGGGCCGAUAUCCCUCUAUUCACCAAUCCCAAGACGCAACAAGUCCCAUCGUUGAUCUCUAUGCUACCACCCAAAGAAGAGUCAUCCUCUUCUUCAGGUCUCCUGACAGCUCCGGACACAAACAUGCGCGAACUCUGGGAGUCAAUGUGGUUUUACCCUUAUGCCCGCACACUUUUGAAGCAGUACCUCCACAAAUCCACCAGCAAGGAGGUUGCCUCUGAAGCAGCGGUAGGCGGAGAACGCUGGUACGAUGCCCGUGGUGGCCGCGGUGGUGUCUGGACAGUUGGCAACGAAUGGCUUGAAGCCGGAGAACUGUGCGCACCUUUCGGCAAAGAGAUCUUCGAAGAUGGGUUGAGGGGCUGGAUGGAACCUGUUCCUGACGGUGUGGAACUGUCGAGCGUAGAGAAGACUCCUGAUGGCAAGGGUAUCGUUAUCGGGGAGCAAGUGAGGAACGGCCAGAUUCACAAGAUCGUGGCUGUUGCGGCUGGACAGUAGAGAGAGAGGGUGAAGGAGUCAAGCGAAGCAUUACUAUUUCUUUUCCUGGUUUAGCGAUAGAGGAGCGGCAUUUGGCGUCGUGUGGGGGUUGUUUCAGUUUUCUGUUCACUCUUUUUGUGGAUAGUGGAGUUUUCUUUCUGUUGCUAAUGUACAUAGCGAUGCAUCAUCUUAGACUGGCUUGCCCAGAGCAACACAUAAGUUAAUGGUCUUAUUCUGUUUGUUCUG